AAGACGGCAACUGUUGGUAUUUGGACAGGCGCAUAAAAAAUGUGCAGACUGGUGCUUCCCCAAGAUACAUACACUCUACAGGUCCAGAGGAGAAUCAAGAAUGAUCAAUUAAGGUAAAAGGGGUGGGGCCACCUUAACUCAAAGCUGUACAAAAUGGGAAAGCCAAGAGCUGGUGUGUGUUGAGGUGUUUGUGUUAAAGAUUGUUAGGAUGGGGUUCCUGAAAGUUGUCUUAGUGGUAGCGAUUGUUGUGUUUGAUCUGCCUGAUGUCUUGGGAAGUUUGAGGAACAGUCAUAGUCCAAGAAGCAUGGGGCCAAAAUCAGAUCCAGCUUCCAGAAGUCCUGCCCUUUCUCCUCUAGGGCUCUGGAACCCUUUGCAAGUGGCUUCUCAGUUUCAGAGUCCUCUGGGUCCCGACUCCAAAAGCCUUGCACAGGAUCCUUUUGGCCUUCAGGAGAAGCUGCUGUUGCAGGGUCCAGUGAAGCCUUUGGGUUGGAGGUAUCCCAUCGUUCCAGAGGUGCAGAGCGAGAUGGCGGUGGACUUCCAGUUGAGGCAACCUGUGACUCCCAACAGCGUAGCGGUUCAAUGUGGAGAGAACCAGGUUCUCGUAGAGGUCCAGCAGGACUUCUUCAGCAAUGGUCAGUUGAUCCAGCCAACUGGUCUGUCUUUAGGUGGAUGUCCUGUUGUUGGUCAGGAUCCCGGGUCAAGAGUGCUCAUCUUUGAGUAUGAAUUACAGGACUGCAACAGUGUGCUGAUGAUGAAUGAGGAUGAGCUUGUCUACACCUUCUCUCUUACCUACACCCCUGAGGCGCUUGCAGGUACUCCGAUUACCCGGGCCGAAGGUGCAAUUGUUGGUGUUCAAUGCCAUUAUCAAAGGCUCCAAAAUGUAAGCAGUGAUGCCUUGAGGCCAACAUGGGUCCCUUAUGCCUCAACAGAGGCUGGUGAAGAAGUCUUGGUGUUCUCCCUGAAGAUCAUGAUGGAUGAUUGGAUAUAUGAGAGGCCUUCAUACUCCUAUUUCCUGGGUGGUGUUAUUAACAUUGAAGCAUCUGUAAAGCAGUACAAUCAUGUGCCUCUGCGUGUGUUUGUGGACCGCUGUGUGGCCACUCAAGUACCUGAUGUGAACUCUCUUCCGAGAUAUUCCUUCAUUGAGAAUCAUGGGUGCUUUGUGGAUGCCAAAACUACAGCUUCCAGCUCCCGCUUCAUGCCUCGGUCCCAAGCUGACAAGAUCCAGUUCCAGCUGGAGGCGUUCAUGUUCCAGGAGGGCAACAGUCCUUCUAUCUACAUAACAUGUAUUCUGAAGGCAACUAUUGCUUCUGCACCCAGUGAUGCUCAGAGCAAAUCCUGUUCUUUUGCCAAUGGAUGGUUUGCUGCUGAUGGAAACGACCAAGUUUGUGGUUGCUGUGACUCAACAUGUGGUCCUGAUGAAUUUGCUGCUUCUCCCUAUGGAGGCAUUCAAUGGGAAGGAAAGGCCUCACUUGGUCCUGUAAUGGUUCAAGGGCAAAAGAGUUCUCAAUAAACUGACAAAUCAAUCCUU